CUUUUCGACGCCGCCGCCGGCGCCUUCCCCGCCCCUCAAUGGGGCAUCGUGGACCUCUCCCCGGGCCACCACCAGCACCUUUUUGGUGCCUCUGGGGGGCUCAAACGGGGCGAGACCCCCACCCCGGGGCCGGCAGCACCCCCCCCGGAGCCGGGCUCCAAGGAGGAGCAGCAACGGAGCUACUUCCGGCGGCUCAAGUACCUGGUGGAGCGGCGCUUCCCCUGCGCCGCCUGCCCCAAGGCCUCGCGCGGGGCCGCCCACGAGAGACCCCCCCUCCACGAGUGCCGCACCUGCGGCCGCACCUACAGCCACGGCUCCAGCCUGGUGCGGCACCGGCGCUGCCACCGCGACGCCGACGGCGAGGCCGGGUCAGCCAGGGCGGCUCCGGCGCCUAGCGGGGCCCCCGCGGCCUUGGCGUUGGCCAACGGGGUCAACGUGAGUUCUGGCGGGGUCAACGCGGCGCCCAACGGGGUCAACCCCUUGGCCGGCGGGGUGGGCGCGGUGCCCGGCGUCAAUGCGGCGCCCAACGGGGUCAACGCGGUGGCGAGCGGGGUCAACGCGGCGCCCAACGGGGUCAACGGAGUCAACGGGGUCAACGCGGCGCCCAACAGGGUCAACGGCGGGCGCGGCGUCAACGUGGGGCCCAACGGGGUCAAUGCGGGACCCAACGGGGUCAACGCGACGCCCAACGUCAACACAGGACCCAAUGGGGUCAACGUGGGACCCAACGGGGUCAACGUGGGACCCAACGGGGUCAAUGCAGGACCCAACGGGGUCAACGUGACGCCCAACGUCAACGCAACGUCCAAUGGGGUCAACGCGGGACCCAACGGGGUCAACGCCGCGCCCAACGUCAACCCCUUGGCCAACGGCGUCAACGCCCUGGCCAACGGCCUCAACCUGGUGGCCCCCGGCGGGCUGACGGUGGCCGUGGCGGCCAACGGGGUCAUCCCGGUGGUGCCCGGCGGCGGCGGCGUCAUCCUGGCGCCCGCGGGGGUCCCGCCGGCCCCGUCCGGUUCAGAGGGCCCGUUCGCCUGCCCGCUGUGCUGGAAGGUGUUCAAGAAGCCGAGCCACCUGGCCCAGCACCAGAUCAUCCACACGGGCGAGAAGCCCUUCGCCUGCGCCGCCUGCGGCCGCCGCUUCAACCGGCGCGAGAGCCUCACCCGCCACGUCAAGACCCACGAGUCGGGGCCGCGGCCGCGCCUGCCCUGCCCGGCGUGCGGCAAGGAGUUCCGCGACGCCUCGUACCUGCUGCGGCACCGACAGCAGAGCCACGGUCACAGUGGUGGGACCCCCCGGCCGGCGCACCGCUGCGACGUCUGCGGCAAGGCCUACGCCGCGCCACAGAGCCUGCUGAGGCACCGCCGGGCUCACAUGGCGACAGAACCCGGCGCCGGGAGCACCGGGAGCACUGGGAGCGCCGGAACCUUGGCGCCGGCGCGGGCUGGAUCCUCUUCGUCCUCCCCGGGGGUUUCAUCGCGCAGUUUCGGCUGCGCCGUGUGCGGCCGGGCCUUCGGCCGGCGCGAGACCCUGCGGCGCCACGAGCGCAUCCACACCGGGGAGAAGCCCCACGAGUGCGGCGUGUGCGGGAAGCGCUUCCGCGAGUCCUUCCACCUGCGCAAGCACCGCGUGGUCCACACCCGGGAGCGGCCCUACCGCUGCGACCUGUGCGGGAAGACAUUCGGGUACCCACAGAGCCUCACCCGGCACCGACAGGUUCAUCGGGUGCCAACAGCGAUGACGGCGACGCCGGCGCCCACCGAGACCCCCAACCCCUCCGGGCUGGGCUGCGGCGCCUGCGGGCAGCGCUUCCCCGACCUCCUCCGCGCCGCCGCCGCCGCCGCCGCCGCCGCCACGGCCAACACCACGACCGCCCACCAGGACCCCCCCGCCCCGCUGCUGCUGCCCACGGGGGCCGCCGAGCGCCCGCCCGGCUGCGACACCUGCGGGCAGGUGUUCGGCUUCCUGGAGAACCUCGUCUGGCACCGCCUGGUGCACCCGGUGCCGGCGACGCCGGAGAGGCCGACGGCGACCGUAGGAGGAGGAGGAGGAGGAGGAACAGACCCCCCGUCCGUCGCCGAGGCCCCGCCGCGGGUGUUGCCGCCGCCGCGCCCCGGGCGCUUCCCCUGCGGCACCUGCGGGCGCAGCUUCAAGCGUUUCCUGGCGCUGGUGACCCACAAGUACGUUCACCUGGCGCAGCACCGGCAACACCCUCACCGGCAACGCUGCGGGGCCUGCGGGCGCCGCUGCUCCGGCGCCUACGAGCUGCUGCUCCACCGCCGCCGCCACCUCCGCCGGCGCCCCUGGCCCUGCGGCGGCUGCGGGCGGCGCUUCUGGGCGGCCCCGCUGCUCCGGCGGCACCGGCGCCGCUGCCUCGCCCGCCUGCGCUGCCGCCACUGCGGCCGGGCCUUCCGCCGAGCCCGGCCGCAGUGGCGGCCCCGCGCCGGACACGCCGGGCGCGAAGGGCGCUGCCCGCGCUGCGCCAAGCGCUUCUCCCACCCCGCCGGCCUGGCCGAGCACCAGCGGCGGCACCGCCCGGCGCGGCCGCGGCGCUGCGGGACCUGCGGGGAGACCUUGGGGCGCCGGGCGGAGCUGCUGGAGCACCGGCGCCGGCACCGGGGGGAGGACGUUUACCGCUGCGAGCGCUGCGGGAAGGGGUUCUUCUACCUGCCCUGCGUCCUGCGGCACCAGCGCGGCCACAAGCGGCGCCGGGAGGGGGGGACGCGGUGCCCAAACUGCUGCCGGCGCUUCGGGGACGCGAGGAGGCUGCGCCGGCACCUGGCCGGGCACGAGGAGGGGAGGCCCUUCCCCUGUCGGGCCCGCGGGGACGACGGCGGCACCGGGGAGGAGGGGGGGCAGCGGCGGCACCGCAACGGGGGCACCGCGGCGGGGGCGGCGCCGGGGGAGUGA